AUGGCUUCUUCAGCUCCGCCCUCCAGCACUGCCAAACAGCCGCCCGCCAUUGUCUGCGUUGGCAUGGCCGGCUCCGGCAAGACGACCUUUAUGCGCCGUGUCAACUCGUAUCUCCACGGCAAAAAAGAGCCUCCCUAUGUCAUCAACCUCGAUCCUGCUGUGAUAAAUGUCCCAUUCGAAAGCAACAUUGACAUUCGCGACUCGGUCAACUAUGAGGAGGUUAUGAAACAGUACAACCUGGGCCCCAACGGCGGCAUCCUGACGUCGUUGAACCUGUUCGCGACCAAGGUUGACCAGAUUGUCAACCUCCUUGAGAAGAGGACGACGCCCGACUCAGCGAACCCAGACAAGGAGCCCAUCAAGAAUAUUCUUGUGGACACACCCGGCCAAAUCGAGGUCUUCGUCUGGUCUGCCAGCGGCACGAUCCUCCUCGAAUCACUCGCCUCUUCCUUCCCGACCAUCAUUGCAUACAUCAUUGACACGCCGCGCACCGCUUCGACCAGCACCUUUAUGAGCAACAUGCUAUACGCCUGCAGUAUCCUCUAUAAGACAAAACUCCCCAUGAUUCUCGUCUUCAACAAGACCGACGUCAAGGACGCCUCCUUUGCGAAGGAGUGGAUGACAGACUUUGAAGCGUUCCAAGCGGCCCUGCAGGAAGACGAGGCGGGCGAGGAGGGUGUCGGCGGUGGCGGGUCCGGGUACAUGGGCAGCCUGCUCAACUCGAUGAGUCUUGUGCUUGAAGAGUUUUACUCACACCUGAGCUUCGUGCCCGUGAGCUCCAAGCUCGGCACCGGCAUGGAGGAGUUCUUCCAGGCUGUCGAGGAGAAGACGGAAGAGUUCAACAGAGACUACCUACCAGAGCUGCAGAGGAGAAGGGCCGAGAGGGAAGACCAGAAACGCCAGACGCGCGAGGCCGAGGUCGACAAGAUGAUGAAGGGACUUUCUGUGGACAAGAAGGACAAGGUCAAGGAAGCGGACGCCCUCGAUGACGGGCCCGACGUUGUCAGCGACAUUGACGACGAUGAUAUGCCGGACGAAGAGGGCGACAGGGAGGGCCUGCAGGCACGGUACGAAGCUUCGAUGCUCGCCGAGGGCGAUUCGGUCAUGUCAGACGCCAGCUUUGCCAAAUACCUGCAUCAGCAGAGGAAGUAA